AGUUUCAACAUAAAGUCAUGGAGAGCAUGUUUGGGUAAAGAGUUGAAGCGGGAUAAUGUCGAUAGUUUAACUCAUUCCCAUGUCGGUGCUUCUACCAAGGAUCCAUGCUGUAUGCUCCUAUUGUGCAUAUGUCCUGUUCCACAACAGGCUCUGUCCCGUCCUCAUGUUGUGGUUCCGACGCUGCCAGAAAUGGUUCUAUGCACUGCUGUUGGCGCUGAUCCUGCUUGUGGUCUACCUCGUGCUCAACAUCCUCACCAAACCCAGAGUCAUCCCAGGUUCCAUCGUUCCAUCCCCCAACUUCGAUAUAUCGCGGGUGAAGCGACCAGAUCGUCCUAUCAUCAUGAUCACCUACUGGGGCCGUUUGGGUAAUCAUAUGUUUGAGUACGGAACCCUGCUUGGCGUUGCGAAGCGAAAUGGCAUGAUUCCCAUCAUUCCGAAAGAGAUAGAUCUGCUGGACGUGUUUAAUCUUCCGACUCAGCAAGGCGAUGUAGAUUUGCUAGAUAUGCAUUAUAUAUACAAUGAAGAGAAGGCAGCUGCAUAUUUUAACAAAACAAGGCAUCUUAAACCGUACAAUGCUCUGCUAGCUGGGUACUACCAGUCAUGGAAAUAUUUUGAAAAUGUCAAAGAUGAACUGAUAUCAAAACACUUCGUUUACAAGGAUGAGAUCAAACAGAAAGCGAAAGAAUUUUUAGAAAAUGUGUUGACGUUAAAAAACAAACAUGGUGCAGCUUUGGUCGGAGUUCAUGUACGAAGGGGAGAUUUUGUUCGUCAGACAUUGAAAGGGUACACGGCAGCUCCAUUGCCGUAUUUUUACCAAGCUAUGAAUUAUUUCCGGAGGAAGUAUGGUAAUGUUUUAUUUAUCGUGUGUAGCAAUGAUAUCUUCUGGGCCGAGGAUAAUUUGGAUGUUGGACCCGAUGUGUAUUACUCGCACAACCCUGACGGAAAUGUCGACCUGGCGGUUUUGACCAGUUGCAGUCACAUGAUAAUCACAGCUGGCUCAUACUCAUGGUGGGCAGGUUACAUGGUGCCAGGAGAUGUCGUGUACUUCAAAGGAUUUCCGCAGCCGAACACGAAGAUCGGGAAUAUUACAGUCAGAGAGGACUACUAUCCUCCUCAUUGGAUUCCAAUGUGAUUAAAUAUUUUUAGAAAUAUGAUUCUAUAGGACUAGUCCCCAUUCCACAGAAACAUCUUAAAGCUAAGAUGAUCGUAACUCAUUCACUUUAACACAGGCUUACAAUCAUCGUAGCUCUAAGAUAGGGGCGGAGGAUAGCCCAGUCAGGGGCGUAGCUGCCAUUACAAGAAAAAGCCCGGGUUUACACCUGAUUUUUGCUAAAAAGGUUGGACAAGCCCUCAGUACUAUCUAAAUAUAAAUCUUUGCAACCUAUUGGGCUUACACGAAAAUAUUGGCUUGCUACGCGCCUGCUAGUGGU